UAAAAAACGUACACAUCAAAUUCAGUUCACCAAAUUAUCGCUAUAAUUCAAAGCCGCUGCGCCGCCACAUAACUGAACAGAUCGAACAGCAUGUGGUCACAGAAAGGUCAACAAGAAUUCGAUCGGCCAAACCACAAAAUCUGGGCACCCUGCGCAGAGCUGACCUUGGCUGAAUAUGAGGCGCUCUUUGGGUUAUUGGGUAAAAAGUGUCAGGCCGUGUGCACUGCCUUUGGUCAUAUCUACAAGAUUGAGGACAGUGACCAUUCCCAAUGGAAGAAGAAGGACGAGGGUGUAAUUUGCUUUGUUAAGGAUUGUGAUACACGCUCGUAUUUUUUGCGCACUUAUUGCCUCAAAAAAAAUGAACUGUUAUGGGAGCAUGAGAUAAGUGCUGACAUCCAGAUUAUUAAAUUGUGUCACUAUUUUCUAACGUUUGAGAGCAGCGAUGGCCGUGUAGGCUUGAGCUUUGAGUUGCAGGAUGCGUGCAAUAUAUUUUAUAUCGCUGUGAACGCCACCACCGAAACAGCUAAUCGCGAGCUUGUGGAGAAACGCAGCCGGCAAAAGAAGCAGCAGACGCCCAAGACGAAUUUCGUUAGCUAUGCAGACUGGGAUCUGGAAAAGGGCUUCGAUUUAACGAGCAACGAAAGCGACGAGAUGCUGAACAGAUUCUUAGCCAAGGCGGGCCUCACUCAGUGCCAGCUAAAUGAUCGAGAAACUCGAGAGUUUAGAUAUGGCUUUAUGCAGAGCAAUAAUAGGCUGGCUUCGGUAAAAGAGGAUGCCUCCUCCGGUGCCCAGUCUUCAAACUCAUCAUGUACCCGUUAG